AUGUCCACCGCCACCGGCGCAGCCGCCUCGAACUCCCUCUCCCCCACCACCAGCCGGCGAUCAUCGCCAUCUUCCAGGAUCCUGACGACCCCUCGCGGAUCUCUUUCUUGCAGACUACUAUCCUCUUCCCCAUCGCAAUCUCCCCUCGGCCCGGUCUCUGCCAUGGCCUCCCCGGGCGCUGCUGGCGAGGCGGCUUCCAGGAAGAAGCUUCUCAUAUUCGACGCCGAGAAGGACCUGGCGGCGUCUCUGGCCGAGCACGCGGCGGGACUGUCGGAGAAGUUCGCCGCCGAGAGGAGCGCUUUCACAGUCGUGCUUUCCGGCGGCUCUCUCAUCAAAGCUCUGAGGAAACUGGCUGAGCCGCCGUACCUGGAGGCGGUGGACUGGAGCAGAUGGCACGUUUUCUGGGCGGACGAGAGGGUGGUUCCCAAGGACCACGCGGAUAGUAACUACAAACUUGCCAUGGAUGAGUUUCUCUCUAAGGUGCCGGUUCCUGCUAACCAAGUUUACGCCAUGAAUGAUGCACUGUCGGUUGAGGGAGCUGCGGAUGACUAUGAAAAUUGUUUAAAGCAACUCAUCAAGAAUGGUGUGAUUGCGGUGUCACCAGUAACUGGGUUCCCAAAGUUUGACCUUAUGCUUUUGGGGAUGGGCCCUGAUGGCCAUAUCGCCUCCCUCUUCCCUGGACACCCUAUUGUCAACGAAAACCAGAAGUUGGUCACCUAUGUCAAGGAUUCUCCAAAGCCACCACCAGAGAGAAUAACAUUCACAUUCCCUGUGAUCAAUUCGUCCGCACAUAUCGCACUUAUGGUCACUGGUGCUGGGAAAGCUGGUGCAGUUCACAAAGCGCUUUCAGCCAAUGAAAGUUCAUCAGAUUUGCUGCCCGUUGAGAUGGUUGAGCCGCAAGACGGAGAGAUGACCUGGUUCACUGACAAGCCAGCUAUGUCAAUGUUGUCAAGGAUCUGA